AAUAAAUUUCCACUUCCGUUCCAGAAAAUUCGUGAAGAAAAAUGUCUCUCCAGUGUUAUAACAGAACCUGUGGUCAAAAGUAUGACGAAUCAAACAAUUCAGACGAUGCCUGUAAAUUUCACCCAGGGACACCAGUAUUUCAUGAUGCGCUAAAAGGCUGGUCAUGUUGUAAAAGGCGCAGCACAGAUUUUACAGAGUUUCUAAAUAUUCCUGGUUGUACAAAGGGACCACACAGUAAUAUAAAACCCCCAGAACCUGAGAAACCUGAACAAAAUGGUACUGAUAUAGAAAAGAUAAUCCAAGAACAAGCUCCUCCCCCUCCAAGAGCCCCUAUAGCUGAGCCGACAGUCAGACCACCCUCAGAUGAGCCUCUUAUACGCCUACCAGCUACAGUGGCUGGUUCUCUGAAGUCUGCACUUGAAAGGAAGCUGAAUCAAUUAAAGAUCCAAAAUGAUCAAACUGAGGAGGCAGAUGAUGGCACUGUAAAGCCAGGCACAACAUGUAAGAAUAAUGCUUGUAGCUGUCAAUAUAUAAAUGAAGACAGUGAUAUAGAAAUAUGUAGAUAUCAUCCUGGCGUUCCUAUAUUCCAUGAAGGGAUGAAAUAUUGGUCAUGUUGUCGCAGGAAGACUUCAGAUUUUAACACAUUCAUGUCUCAAGAAGGCUGUACAUCAGGGAAACAUCUUUGGAAGAAAAAUGAGGCUGAUGGUGAAAAACAAGCAGUGUGCAGAUUUGACUGGUUUCAAACAGGCAACUUCAUAACAAUCUCAAUUUACUCCAAAGUUGCUGUGCCAGAAAAAUCUUAUGUUGAAGUGAAUAAAGUGACAGCAAAUAUCAAUAUUGUGUUUGAAGGGGGAGAAUCACACUUCCAACAUUUUCUUGUCCUUAAUGGGAUCAUUGACCCUGCUGCAUGUAAUGUUAAGAUGUUGGGUACAAAGGUUGAAGUGAACCUGCGUAAGGCUGAACCAGGAAGUUGGCCCAACUUAGAGCUACCCCCACCUAAACAACAACAAGAGGAAACAUCUAAAGACAUUGAUACACAAGAUGUAGACUCAUGAUGAACAAUACUGUAGUUGGAAGUCGAUAUCUCUAUAGGCAAUUUUAUUGAAUCUUAAAAUGACAGAUUUCAUAUCUCUAUACAGGCAUUUUAUUGAAUCUAAAAUGACAGAUUUCAUAAUCUCUAUCAGGCAUUUUUAUUGAAUCCAAAGUGACAGUUUUUAUCAUUCAUUUUGAGUUUGGCAGAUUUCUAUUUGUUUACAUGACCAAAUGAACUGUUGCCUAUAUCGGUGAUGUUUUGUGGGCUUGUGUGUCAUACUGAUUGAAUCCUGUAAUGAAAUGUCAUCAGUUUUAUCACAAAAGAGCUCAUUUGUAACCUAAGAUCUUAUCUAUUACACUAUUUUGGUCAUCUUGGAUUAAGAUUUGAUAUGUUUGUGGUUCAUUAUCUUGUGACCCUGCUAAUAAGCAUGGCCUGAAUCCACAAUUGAGUCAUGAAAGGGACUCAACCAAAAUCCUAAAAUGUACUACAAAAAUUAGAAUAUUUUAUCAUGCAUCAUAUUGUAAUUAUCUAUAAUUUUUGCCAGUAUAUGUAUUUGUCUUAUUAUGCAAAUUAGUGCCAUUUGUCCAUUGCUACAGUACUACAAGCUAAUAGAUGCUUACUUUACAACGUACUAGUAGUUGGUGAUGCAUGUUAAGAUUUAUAACAUAAGCUCGCAUCUUGAAUUACUCAAAGAGGUUGAAAUUUCUAGCUAUCUGAUUGGUCCAUGUGACAUA